GGUCAAUAUCUUUGUUCAGGUUCACAAUCUUUGAUGCACAUGUAAAUAUAACCUCAAAGAGCAAAAGCUUUAGUGCAGUAGGUGCAGUAACAUUUUAUUUAAAAAACGGAUUCAAAAUGACAGAAGAAGAGUGUAGUUUACGUCCGAUCAACUGUGAAUUAAAUGUAUUAUCUGUCCCAGAUGGAUCGGCGAUGUUUAUGCAAGGGGACACUACAGUUAUCGCAGGCGUUUAUGGCCCAGUAGAUGUAAAAUUACAGAAAAUGAUGUACGACAAGGCUAGUGUUGAAGCAACAUACACGGCAGCUAAGGGACCACCAAGUAUAAAUGACAGACUAAAGGAAUUGUAUAUAAAGGACAGUUGCGAAGCUGCAUUAAUUGCAACCCUCCAUCCUGGUUCAUUAAUAUCCAUAAAUAUCCAGGAACUGCAGGAUUCUGGAGGAAUAUUAGCGUCCGCUAUCAAUGCCGCGUGUUUAGCGUUAAUAAAUGCUAGUUUGUCCAUGAAAUUCACAAUUGCAGCUAUUAACUGCAUGAUUGAUAAGGAUUCUGACCAAUUGAUCCUGGAUCCUGAUAAUGUACAAACAGAGAACGCAAGGGCCACUUUUAUGUAUGUCUUCGACAGCAUUAAAAAGGACAUAGUCUGCUGUCACACAAGUGGCAUUUUUUCAGAGAAAGAGUUGGUUCAAACAAAAGAAACAUGCAAAGAGGCAAGUCAAUAUGUCUUCGAUUUUUAUAGAGAAAUUGUAACAAAAUAUGCUAACAUUAUAUGAAUAAAACUUUCCUUACUUUUAUAUCAAAU